CAUUUGCUAAAAUCGAAGCUCUGUCAUCGCAUCUUCAAAUCUAAAGAAAAGAAAAGAAAGGAAACCCACUAUAAUGUGUGUGCCUUUAGCCUUAUUUUGCUCUUCACUCAUUGCAAUGUGUUAAGUCUCUCAUGUAAGAGAGAAAAAAAAAAAAAAAAAGAAAGAUCCUUAAUUGGACAAAAUCCAAUACUUUAAACCAGCUAGGAGCUAGCUGUUUUGUUUAUGUUGUCCCUCUUUUCUCUUCUUUUUCUUUUCUUUCCGUCUCUUUCAUCUUCAAUCAUUCUAGAUUGGAGGGAAUAAAAUAAAGUGUAACUAAGGCCCAAAAAAAAGGGCAUUGCUUUGUGUAAGCAAAAGGGUCAGUUGUUCAAUUUUUUUGGCCAUGGAUUCAAACUCCAAGUUUCCUGUAAUGUGGAAUUAUUGGUUGGUUGUUCUGUUAGCUUCCUGGGUUUGUUCAGUUUCUUCUACUGUUUCCUAUGACAGUAAAGCUAUCACCAUUAAUGGCCAAAGAAGGAUCCUCAUUUCUGGAUCCAUUCACUACCCAAGAAGCUCACCUGAGAUGUGGCCAGAUCUCAUACAGAAAGCUAAAGAAGGAGGGCUGGAUGUGAUCCAGACAUAUGUUUUUUGGAAUGGCCAUGAGCCUGCUCCUGGCAAAUAUUAUUUCGAAGGCAACUACGAUUUGGUCAAAUUUAUUAAGCUGGUGAAGCAAGCAGGCCUCUAUGUUCACCUGAGGAUUGGUCCUUAUGUCUGUGCUGAGUGGAACUUUGGAGGUUUUCCUGUGUGGCUCAAGUACAUUCCCGGUAUCAAUUUCAGAACAAACAAUGGGCCUUUCAAGGCUCAAAUGCGAAGAUUUACAAAAAUGAUUGUGAAUAUGAUGAAAGCAGAAAGGUUAUUCGAGUCUCAAGGAGGUCCUAUUAUUCUAUCUCAGAUUGAAAAUGAAUACGGGCCGGUGGAAUAUGAAAUCGGAGAACCUGGUAAAGCUUACACCGACUGGGCAGCUAAAAUGGCUGUGAGACUAGGCACUGGUGUCCCAUGGGUCAUGUGCAAGCAAGAUGAUGCACCCGAUCCUAUUAUUAACACCUGCAAUGGUUUCUACUGCGACUACUUUUCGCCUAACAAGGCCUACAAACCAAAGAUGUGGACUGAAGCCUGGACAGGCUGGUUUACUGAGUUUGGGGGGGCAGUUCCUUAUAGACCCGCUGAAGACAUGGCAUUUUCAGUUGCAAGGUUUAUACAGACAGGAGGAUCGUUCAUUAAUUAUUAUAUGUAUCAUGGAGGAACAAAUUUUGGCCGAACUGCUGGGGGUCCUUUCAUUGCUACCAGCUAUGAUUAUGAUGCUCCUCUUGAUGAAUACGGACUAUUGAGGCAACCCAAGUGGGGCCAUUUGAAAGAUUUGCAUCGAGCGAUAAAGCUCUGUGAAUCAGCAUUAGUAUCUGGAGAUCCCACAGUGAUGCAACUUGGAGUCCAUCAGGAGGCUCAUGUAUUCAACUAUAAAUCUGGAGGUUGUGCUGCUUUCCUUGCAAAUUAUGACCCUAAAUCAUUUGCAAAAGUUGCCUUUAGGGACAUGAACUACAACCUGCCACCUUGGUCUAUCAGCAUUCUUCCUGACUGCAAGAAUACUGUGUAUAACACUGCAAGGGUUGGUGCCCAAAUUGCACGGAAGAAAAUGGUCCCUGUUCCGCUGCAUGGGGGAUUCUCUUGGCAGGCAUAUAGUGAAGAGACAGCUUCUGAUGCUGACAGUUCGUUCACAAUGGUUGGGCUGUUGGAGCAGAUAAAUACAACCCGAGAUGCGACUGAUUAUUUGUGGUACACAACAGACAUUGAGAUUGAUCCCGAUGAAGAAUUCUUCAGGAAUGGAAAAUCUCCCAUUCUUACCAUCUUAUCAGCUGGCCAUGCUUUGCAUGUUUUUGUCAAUGGGCAACUAUCAGGAAGUUCUUAUGGAAGUCUAGAAUUCCCGAAACUAACAUUCAGCCAAGGUGUAAAUAUGAGAGCUGGUAUCAAUAAAAUUGCACUUCUAAGCAUUGCUGUUGGUCUUCCGAACGUUGGUCCACAUUUUGAGACAUGGAAUGCCGGUGUUCUUGGCCCGGUUACACUGAAUGGCCUCAAUGAGGGAAGGAGAGAUCUCUCGUGGCAGAAAUGGUCUUACAAGAUUGGCCUUAAGGGGGAAGCAUUGAAUCUUCAUUCUCUAAGUGGUAGUUCAUCUGUGGAGUGGGCAGAAGGGUCGUUAGUGGCACAAAGGCAGCCACUGACAUGGUACAAAACAACUUUCAAUGCUCCAACUGGAAAUGCUCCAUUGGCUUUAGAUAUGCGGAGUAUGGGAAAAGGUCAGAUUUGGAUAAAUGGACAGAGCAUUGGACGCCACUGGCCAGCAUAUAAAGCAUCUGGAAAUUGCAGUGUCUGUAAUUAUGCUGGAACUUAUGAUGAGUACAAAUGUAGAACUAAUUGUGGGGAGGCAUCUCAAAGAUGGUAUCAUGUUCCUCGUUCAUGGCUCAACCCAACAGGGAAUUUGUUGGUUGUGAUUGAGGAAUGGGGUGGUGACCCCAAUGCGAUUUCUUUGGUUCACAGAGAAACCGACAGUGUUUGUGCCGAUAUCUAUGAGUGGCAACCAACCCUAAUGAAUUACCAGAUGCACGCCUCUGGUAAAGCUGACAAACCCCUAAGGCCAAAAGUCCAUUUAGAGUGUGACAUGGGGCAGAAAAUCUCGGCGGUAAAGUUUGCGAGCUUUGGAACACCAGAAGGGGUCUGCGGAAGCUACCGCGAAGGAAGCUGUCAUGCUUAUCACUCUUAUGACGCUUUUAAUAGGCUGUGUGUUGGGCAAAACUUCUGCUCAGUGACAGUAGCACCCGAAAUGUUCGGAGGAGACCCGUGUCCUAAUGUAAUGAAGAAACUCUCUGUAGAGGUCAUUUGCAGCUGAUGGAACACAUCAGAAGUACAUGAAACAAACAUGGUCUAUCAAUUCUCUCAAAUCCAGCAUGUCAUUCAGCUUUUUCAGGGUGAAGUUGUACAAAUACACAGCACGCCACGUGGAAAAAGCUGGGUUUAGAUCGCAAAAAUUGAUUGCAGAUAAGCUCUAUGUAUAUAUAUACAAUGUUUAUUCCUGCAUGAUAUACAGAAUUCGGAGAAAGCAUGUCGCGGUGUUCACGGAGUCUGUAUCCAACUGUUAAGUUGUUUAGGACAUGAAAAGAAAAGCCACUAGUUUCUAUCUAGUAAAUUUGUAUUGCCUUUUGUAAUCCAUUUUAAUUUCCUGGGAAGCGAAUCUCAAGUUGGCUCAUUCCUAAAUUCUUGUAAGAAUAGAUUGAGAAGAUUAUAAAAUCAGAGUUAUUUCAUAUUGUCUCAA